AUGUAUACGUCAACUGAUCACUAUGAAUUCGCAGAGCUGACAUGGGAGAACGGUCAGCUGGUCGUGCAUGGAUUGGGUGAUCUUGUUCCUACUGCUCCGACGAAGCCCACAUCGGCUGAGGCGGCGGGCGACACACUGGAGUCCAUAGUCGGUCAGGCCACAAGCCACAAACCAAACCCAUCUGAUCACAAUCAGUGCAAUCGGAUUUGGACUGAUGCCAAGCCUGUUACCCAAUCUUCUGGUAAUUUUGGCAAAGUCCAGAGGGGGAUGGAGUCGAUGCAGAAGCGAUCGUCCCUGCAGUCAAAGUCUGGCCGAUGUGGAAGACAUGACAAGAGUAGAUGCAGAUUUCCAGCGGAGACUGCAGACCGUAGUGCAUGUGCUAGUGCUAGUGCCAUUGCAACGCUUUGCCGGGAGAGUGAUACGACUAUGAUGACAUGGGCGUCCUUUGAAUCCCCUUCAAGCAUGAAAACCAAAACCAUCGAUGAGGGCUCAGCUAGCCCUGGGGGACUACCGAAGAGCAAACGGGAGGCCAAAGUGGAAACGGAUUGUUCCCUCUCGACAAAGAAACGAGAUGCUACAGUUCAUAAUCAGUCUGAAAGGAGACGGAGAGAUAGAAUCAAUCAGAAAAUGAAAGCUUUGCAAAAGCUGGUACCAAAUUCAAGUAAGACUGAUAAGGCUUCAGUGCUUGACGAAGUAAUUGAGUAUAUGAAGCAACUCCAAGCACAAAUUCAGAUAAUGAGUGUUGCAAACAUAAACAUGCCUCAGAUGAUGAUGCCCAUGGGGAUGCAUCAUCAUCAUCAUCUCCAGAUGUCUCUCUUAGCUCGGAUGGGCAUGGGGAUGGGGCUUGGAAUGAGAAUGGGAUCUGCUCUGCAGGACAUGAACAACAUCGUCCACACCAACGCUGCUCAACCAGUCAUCCCUCCGCUGCUUCAUCCUGCCUCCAUAGCUGCAGCAGCUAGCUCCAAAUUUGUUCCUCCUCUACUGCCUACACAUAUGACUACACCUACAACCAUGGAUCCAUGUGCUACUAACCCUUCAUUUCCUAUGCAUGAUCCUUAUCAUGCCCUUCUAGUUCAAUCUAUGAACAUGGAUCUCUACAACAAGAUGGCAGCACUGCUUGGACAACAGGCCAACCAAUCAAAACAGGCAACAAGCAAGCCCUCAUAGGCGUACAACUGCUGCAUUAUGUCUUAUCUCUUGUGAAGUACUACUAUAAGAACUGAGAAACACAUAAUUGUGUAAAAAUAAAUGCGCCUAUUGUUGAUAAGACCAAGGACUAGCUAUAAGUGGUUUCUUGCUACUUCC